GCCGGAAAGAAGGCUGCAGCCGCCGCUACUGGAACGGCACCGGUGCACGCGACCAUCUACGGGACCGGUUCGUCUCCCGUCCCCCACCCCGGCUUAAAUGAUCCCACCUCCCGCUGCAUGCAUGGACAACACACCGAGGCACUGCAUGGAACUGAGGGAGGGGCGUUGAUUUAAUUGACUGGCUGCACAGUGACCUGGAUGGACAGAAGCAGGCGGCUGCAGUGUAAUAUCAUUUUCUUAAGGUGCAGAUGUGUCAGGCCAUGAGCGGAAUACUGAAAAGGAAAUUCGAGGAGGUGGAAGCCUCCUCCUCCCCGUGCUCUUCCUUGAGGGAGUCUGAUGAUGAGGUAUCCUGCAGCGAGAGCGGGGAUAGCAGCGACAGCGUCAACCCGUCCGCCUCCGGCCCUUUCACCCCUGGCUCCAUCCUAAAGCGAGAGAAGCGUCUGUGCACGAGGAGGGUGCACUUUGAGAAGGUGACCGUGUACUACUUCAGCAGGAGGCAAGGCUUCACCAGCGUGCCAAGCCAAGGCGGCAGCACGCUGGGCAUGUCCAACAGGCACAGCUGGGUCAGGCAGUAUUCCCUGGGCGAGUUUGCCAUGGAGCAGGAGAGGAUCCAUAGGGACAUGCUGAGGGAGCAUCUCAAGGAGGAGAAGCUUAACUCUAUCAAACUCAAGCUUACCAAAAAUGGAACAAUGGAGUCCGAGGAAGCCAACACACUCACCGCAGAGGACAUUUCCGACGACGACGUCGACCUGGACAACACGGAGGUGGACGAGUACUUCUUCCUGCAGCCCCUGACCACUAAAAAGCGGAGGGCACUGCUCCGUACCUCCGGGGUUAAGAAGAUUGAUGUGGAAGAGAAGCAUGAACUUCGGGCCAUCCGUGUGUCCAGAGAGGACUGCGGUUGUGACUGCAGAGUCUUCUGCGAGCCAGACACCUGCGCCUGCAGCAGUGCGGGGAUCAAGUGUCAGGUGGACCGCAUGUCAUUUCCAUGUGGUUGCACAAAAGAAGGCUGCAGCAAUUCGAGCGGCAGAGUGGAGUUUAACCCCAUCCGCGUUCGGACCCAUUUUCUGCAUACCAUAAUGAAGCUGGAGCUGGAGAAGAGUCGCGAGCAGGAGCAAGCUUCCCCCGCCAAUGGUUACCAUGGCAACGAGGCAGUCAGUUCCAACUCUCUGGUUCAGUCUCAGCACAGGUUAGACUACUCUUUGCCUGACGCCGUUCCGCAAAGCGCCGGCGUGCACUUGCAGACGGCUGGCGAGAUGGACGAGCCGCUGGAGGACGAGGAUGAGGACGAGGACGACGAGGAAGAUGACAACGAAGAUGAGGAGGACAGCAGCAGCGUUUUUAGCGGCAUUUCAGACUCCAGCACUCAGAGUUUAGCCAACAGCGACUCAGAGGACGAGGAAGACGAAGAUGAGGACGAGGACAGGUCGGAGAACUUGUGUCACACGGAGGUGGUGCCAUUGUCCUCCGUGCUGUGUUAUGGCGACGACGAGAAUCACGUAAACGGGAACGCUUAUUUAAUGAACGCCCCCUCGGCUGAAUACUAUCAGCUCGCAGGCCCCGCCCACAGUGGCACGAGCCGCCAAUCAGGCGAACCCUACGGGGAAGCCUUAGCAUUCCAAGAGCCAAUCAACGGCACCCAAACCCAGGGCGCCUUCCCCAAACAGCCAGUGGAACAGUUCUCUACGAAUUUUAACAUGGGCGGAAGCGCACCGGUGGCCCCUCUAAGCCACUACGUCCACGAAAACGACAAAGCGGAUUUUGUAGAUCCCGAGGACCAGUUUCACAACUAUCUGAACAAUAACACUCAUGCACCGUUCAGCACUCACGGCUCAUGCGCGUCGGGCGAGCCGCCGCCGCAGUCCAACGUUAACGGGCACCCCGACUUGAACUUACUUGCAACGAGUACCAACAAUCUCUCUUUACCGGCAGUGUAGAAACUGCCACGUUUGCAUUUUGACUUGCAAAGGUUGAAUUGAGGCAACUGACUUAAGUCAAUUGUUGACUUAAAACAGUUUGUUGAAGGCGUUUCACCUUUAAUAUGGGAGGUUUCUAAAAUGUUAGUGUGGUUGCAUUUCGCUCCUACGAUUUUGAAAAUCCGCUUUCACAUUUUUUUUAUUUUUUUUUUUAUUGCUUACAAAUUCCAGUCUUCAACCCAUUGGAACCCAAUUUCCAAGGAAUAAACAGGGAGAGUCCUAAAAUUUGAAAAGUCUUCAACCAACUAACUCCAAUCGCCUGAAUUCAAUUUUUGUGUAUUACCAGGAUUUAGAGAUCCGAAACGGACAUCUUGGAGUAUUAAAUUCAAAGCCUUUUGCAUUGUCCAAACACAGCACCGUGGCCCAUUUUCUCGGUGUCGUCAUUCCAUCAUAGGAAUGUUUCAAAGACCUCACAUACGACCACGAUAAAGCCGAUGGAAGCUCAAUUACAUCACGCCGUGCAAUGUUAUCUUGUCAUUUCAGAUGUAAAGUUCUAGUUUUGAGCAAAUAUUGUACCGUAGAUGGAACUUUUAUAUGUCUAUCGUGUGUGUUGAAAUGUGUUGCAAAAAGGAUUAAUGUCAAGUUCAUUUAUUAUUGUUUAGGAAGUAUACGUACAGUAUAUAUUGUAAGUUUUGAUAGUACGCAUGCUUUUUUUGAGGAAUUGCAGCAGUAUUUAAGGGGAACAAAAAGCCUAUUGUUUUCUACAAAAACAAAAAAUGUGCUUGUUUUUUUCCCUUCCUAUGAUAUGCUUUUCGAUGGUUAGAAAAGCAUGAAAAAGCCUGAGUUGUUUGUUGUCAUUGGUCAGAUUGUGACCUUUAUUGGGACUACAGUACAGUGUUUUUCUUGGAUACUUGAAUGGUGAAAAGGUCGAGAGUUGCCAUGUUCAAAGCGUUUCAUUAAUACAGGGAUAUUAAUUAAAUAGCACUUUGAAAGGUUUCCAAAAACGAUUUAAAUUCAUACUCAACACAAAGUAACUUCUAAAUAUUUAUUUAAAAUGUGAUUUUUUUUUUUUAUUUGAAUGCAGUACAAACAACAUUCCUGUCUGGUCGUUGAAAUAAAUGAGGUUUAUUUAUGUUGAUCCAUUUAAUGAGAUUGUUGUGUGCAAUAGUUAUCUACUAAAGCUAUGUCGCUAAUUCUUUGUUUCCUCUACGGCUUAACACUGCAUAUUUUUCCUUUCUAAUUGCCAUUACAUUGAAUAUGGAUGACAAUCACAGCUUGAUAUUAGAUCAUAAUUGAGUCAUUGUAAAUGACUAAGUAGAGGGAUUUUGAAAUAAGCACUUCUUGACAAAAGUAAUGAAGCACUCAGCUGCUACUGCAGGAUUUCUUUUUUUUUUUAGUAGUUGUGUUAAGUUUGGACCUUGCGCGUGUGUGUGCAGACUGCGUUCAGGCAACGGAGUUAAUCAAUAAAGCUCUUCGAGCACAUUUUGCCAAAGCGUACUGUAGGCUACAGUGUGAGGGCGAGACACUAUGAUGUUGCAAUCCAGUCAAGAACCCCCGUCCCCCCCCCAGUAUUUAUGAAUGAUAUAUCAAAACAUGUAUUUAUUGUGAUAAAUCAGUAUUGAGUAAAUUGCUUCGGUAUUUUAAAAUUGUUCAAUUUUCAAUGCUGAUUGUGAGUUGUAAAAGCUUCCUGUGCCUGAUUUCUUCUUAAUUUUUGGAUUCUGUGAAAUGCAUAUGUUUUGCACAAAGUGAUACCAUUUUUUUCUAUGUUUUUGAUUUGUAUAUGUAGAUAGAAUUUGAUUAGUUUUCAUUUUUACAUGGUUUUGAAAUAAAUGUCCUUUGGUCUU